AUGUCCGCUUGUCACCAUUCUAAAUGUGUCUCUCAUAUUGAGACUCAGUCUGGGCUUCGGAGCAGAGAUCAUAUUGCAGACACGCCUAUAACAGUGCAAAAUUGGUACAAACAUGUCAAUUGGUGGGGUGUGGUUCUCACAAUAUUAGUCCCAUUGUAUGCAUGCGUCCAGGCUAUUUGGAUACCCUUGCAAUGGAGAACGGCUAUCUUAUCGCUGGUUUAUUACUUCGUGACAGGGCUUGGUAUCACUGCGGGAUAUCACCGGUUGUGGUCUCAUACGUCCUAUCGAGCCUCGAACGGCCUCAAGGUAUUUCUUGCAUUGGGUGGAGCAGGGGCGGGUGAGGGCUCGAUCAGAUGGUGGGCCCGCAAUCAUCGCGCUCACCAUCGAUACACCGACACCAAUUUAGAUCCCUACUCUGUCAACAAGGGACUCCUAUAUUCUCACAUGGGCUGGUUAGUCAUGAAGCAGAAUCCCAAACGCAUUGGCCGUGUCGACAUCAGCGACUUGAAUGAGGAUCCCAUCGUGGUAUGGCAGCAUCAAAACUACCUGCCCGUCGUGAUCUUCAUGGCACUGCUACUACCUACUCUCCUCAGUGGACUGUCAUGGGGCGACUGGGCAGGUGGAUUUAUUUAUGCUGGGAUCCUGCGAAUGGCCUUUGUUCAUCAAGCUACAUUUUGUGUCAACUCGCUGGCCCAUUGGCUGGGAGAUCAGCCGUUUGAUGCCAGCAAAUCCUCUCGGGAUCACUUCCUAACGGCCCUUCUUGCGCUGGGAGAGGGCUACCACAACUUUCACCAUGAAUUUCCUUCCGAUUACCGUAAUGCGACGAAAUGGUACCAGUACGAUCCGACAAAAUGGGCCAUUCGCAUCUGGGAAUACUUUGGCCUGGCCUACAACGUCAAACAAUUCCAUCCCGAUGAUGUGCAGAAGCGGCAUAUCCAACAACAGCAUGCCAUAUUGGCGAAGCAAGCGGCCAAGCUGGACUGGGGGGUACCGCCUAGCCGAUUACCAGUUCUUGAAUGGGAGGAGUACGUAGAGCAAACCGAAAAGGUCGGACGGUGUCUUAUCGCCAUUGCGGGAAUUGUGCACGACGUGACCGAUUUUAGCGAAAGCCAUCCAGGGGGUUCAUUGAUGCUGAAAUCUCUUAUCGGAAAAGACGCGACAGCUGCAUUUCAUGGGGGAGUCUACUCCCAUUCGAAGGUAGCUCAUAACUUGCUUGCUACAAUGAGAGUGGCCUCUGUACGAGGUGGGUGUGAAGUUGAAAUCUGGAAGACGCAUCAACACAGCGAUGUCGAAGAAACACCCCCUAUGUGCCGGUGUUAA